ACGAGAAACACAGUUGUGUUUAAUCGUAGCAUAUUGCUUCCAGGCAGUCUCUGGUGUCACACAGCAGAUGCAAACACAACUCUACCCAUAGCAAAUACCCACAGCCUUUCUUCAGUUCAGUGUUUUACGGCUUUACUUGCUCUGAACCAGACUAAUAAUGGAGGUGUCUGGUGAGUCAAUGAAAUAUACAGAGGACAAACUGAGACCGGUCAGCAGCAAGUUUGUGGAGCUCCAUGUGCUGUUUGCACCAGCUGACCUAUGGAAUAUGAAACUCAAUAAAGUUCCAGCUGAAGCCACGGAGGGCUUUAUUUCUGCUGGCUUUAUCAGAGUUUAUCCUGAAACCACCUUGCAGACUCUGAGGGGUGAGCUGGGGGCUCUCCUUGGGUCAGAGAGGAGCAUCCAUAAAUUCUCCUUCCUGAAAUGUGUUGGCCGCAGUCUGGCGCUGGUUAAAAGCAAACAGGAGACUGAUCUGAAAGUGAAAACAUUCGCCCCACCCUAUGCGGCUCAGCCAGAGCUGUACCUGCUGCACACUCCAGAGGCAGACAGCAAUUUCUGCCCCCAGUCCUUCACCCUGGAUUCCAGCAGCAGCUCCCCAGAGCAGCAGGCCUUCCCCAACCUUUCCAAGAUGUACGACGGAACAAUGGGGACAAAGAAGCCCAUUAAAUUCCCUCACAUAACGCAAUGUUCCCGGCAACGGGUUCCUGGCUCCGGAAUGGAAGAGGGACAUGAAGAUGAAGAAGGUGCAAACAGCUCCACCUCCUCUGAUGAAGCUCUGAGUUUUAUCAAGAGAACAGAGCCAGAGAGAUGUGAGGAGAAGUUUGGGAUUCAAAGGGCAAUGCAGCUUGUUUCACUUGGAAAAGCUUUGGAGACAUGUGAGGCUGAUCCAGGCCAGGCAAUGUGUUCACCAGAAAAUGAGGAGACCUGGAGAAAAACCAAACAUCAACACAGAGACAGACUUUCACGGGCAGCUGAGUCUCUGGAGGACGGAGAUUUAUGUUUUUUGCUCACAGACAGUGUUGGAAAAUUAAGAUUGAAAGAUCGACACACCGAGAGCUGCAUCACGAAAAUAACAACAAAUGGGGUGUUGGAAUGUCCAGCUGUGUCUUCGCAACAAGUUCAGUGCACAAAUUCACCCCAAGGUCCAGAUUUGGCCAGCAGUAAAGCAGCUUCUGCCUCACUAGUGUUUCUCAUAAAAAGAGAGGAUCUAAUGGAGGAAAUCAAACUGGUGAGGGAGGAGAGAAAGCAGCUGGAAUGGACCAGACAGCAGCUAUUGUGGAAAGGAAAAGACUUGUUGGCUCAGAACCGACACCGCAGGAAUCAAGCACGGGACACCUGGAAAAAGAAAUACUUUGAAACCAAGAAGGCCACAACUCCACUGGAAGAACAUCUGAAAAACUUGAGACAAGAACUGGAGAUAUUUUAUAACAAAGUCCUGCAUCAGCUCCAAGCCAGAGAGAAAGCACGGAGGCAGGGGAGGUCAUCAGAAAAGAACGAGCUCAUCAUUCAGAUCAUGAGGGAGACCCAUGAGAUCGACAACCUGAAGAGGAAGCUAGAAGAUUCCAAGAUGAAGCUGAUAACAGAGAUAAAGUUGAAAGAGCAGGCUGCUACUGAGCUCAGAGACCUGAAGGCUGAACUAGCUCAAAAGAAGAAUCAGUCAUCUCCUUCCUGGAUGGGGCGGAAACACAUCAUGGAGCAAAACACAAGUUAAAUACAGCUUCAUCAAUGUCAACAAAACUGCUCUUCCAAGCAAUUAAAGUAAUCAAAUGGGAGAAAGGUUUGCAGCAGUAAAUGGGCCAAAUAUUCUGUAAUGAGGACAGCCCAGGCGCAGAGACUAAGCAAGCGGCAUGUGUUUGGACCCAGAGAUCAUAUCAUUUACUCCUCUCUUCCCUCUCAUUUCCUGUUUAGCGACUUUUAAAUAAAGACCAAUAGCCAUGGAAAUCUGUUACUGUAACUUCCAGCAACUGAAUUCCAUUCUGUUUGUUCCUGUUUUUUUUUUCCAGUAAUACAACAGUAGACAGUCUAUGAAAUUAAUGAGUAAAAGCUUUAUUAAACAACAGAGUAAAAAAAAAAAAAUCAGUCUGGAAAGUUUUUUUUUUCUUAAAUCAGUGCAAAUAAAUCUAAAAUGAUUGUGUUUGUUAGCAAUUCACGUCAUUACAGAUAAAACUCAAGUUUAUGUGCAAAUCAGCACCCCUGAUCAGGAGGAGACACCACGCCCUGUUGCCUCUACAAAAUGAGUCUAUUCAGGAGUGUGCUCAGUAAAAAUGACCGCAGCAGCAUUCAGUUCAUCCCAUCUUGGAUCCUAACAGGGCAUUCCACAUCAGUGUGGUCUGCUGCCUGGCUACAGGGUCGUCACUGUAGUCCAAAAUGUUGCCGUUCCACAUGCCGAUGCCCCUUAGGCCUUUAGCCAUUACGUAGUCUGCUUUGGGAACAAGACUUUGUGGGUCAUCGUACCAGACCUGAUGGGUCUGUCCCGUCUCAUCCUAGAAGAAACCAGUCAAAGACAUAUCACAACAAAUAUAUAUAUAUGCAUUCCUUGUUUGUUUUUUUUAUUAAUCAUUUAGGAGUAGAGUGAAAAAAAGGCACACCUUAUAAUAGAAGUAUGGAGCUUUCUGCACAUCGUCCCACAGUCUGCCGGACGAUGUUGGGCUGCUGAGCUGCUUCAUGAUCCACUUGUAAGGUUUCUGUGUUCCCGCAGCAUCGCUGCACGGAGCUCCACGGAAAGGGACUUUGGGUAUGUAGCAUGUACCUUCCUUGUAAGAGAAAAUAAAACAGGAUAGAACCGCUGAAAUAAGAUCUUCAGCAACGUUUCCCACAAUGCAAAAGAAAAGGAAAAGCUAAGACCUAAUUCACCUUCAGUUACAUAAAAAAAAAAAACAUUUCAUUUUUGUUUCCUGUCAUUAAAGGUGAAAAAUAUUAGUAUGAGUAUUACUUCUGGCAUGAUAAACCUCUUUCUGAAUGACGCAUUAUGGUAGACAGCAAUUAAUGAUUGUGUUCAGAAUAUGAAUACAUCUAACUGUUAAACUAUAUUAGUUGUAAAUGUGCACGAUGAUUAAAAAAAAUCAUUAGAUCUUUACUGACUGAACUUCUGAGUUAUUUUACUCAAAAAAGAAAAAUAUAUAUAAUUGUGUAAUAGCAGAUAUCAGCCUCAUGGGGGCAGUGUGACCAAAGGUACGAUAUUAGUUGUGAAUUGAUGGAAUGCAAACAACCUUAGUAAUUUUUUAAGGCAAACAUUACUGGAAAAAUU